AUGGGAACUCCGCCGCCGUCUUCCCCCAGCAUGCCGCCAGUUUCUCUGGAUCUUUCCUUGACGCUGGCUUCGCCGCUGCGACCGUGCGGCAACGAGAGGGACGUCCGGCUCUUCCGCUGCCUCUUCUGCGACAAGAAGUUCCUCAAGUCUCAGGCCCUAGGGGGGCACCAGAAUGCCCAUAAGAAGCAACGCAGCGGCGGCGGCGUUCUCUGCGAGCCAAGCCUCUCGUCGCCGCUUAUCACCCCCCACGGGGGAAGGAUAUCGUCUCUCUCCGCAGGAUCCCUCGAUGGCUUUGGCUCUUACAGCGGUGGCGGUGCUGUUCCCCGAUUUGAGGAUCCCGGACAGGCGGACGAUCUCUUGAACUGGCGCAGGGCUUCCGUUCAAUGUUCAGAACCGGCAGGAGAACGUUUGCCAUCGCCGGCUAAGGCCAGUGUCCACUGCGUUGAGGGCAGGGGUUAUCAAUGGAGAGAGAGCCAGCCUGAUGCUUCCCCACUGUACACGUCCGACGCCACCGUCAAGCUCGAUCUCACCUUGUCGCUGUAUUCUGAGCAGAGUCAUGCCAACUUGUUCGAGGAAAGCUAA